UCUGCUGGGCUCCGGCUCGACUGUAGCUCCUGUGGGGGUGGGCGGCGCGGGUGGCAGCGGCUGCGGCGCGGGACCGAGCGAGCGGCUAGCGAGCCGGGGGAAGAGGAGGAAGUAUAGCCGCGGCCCGGAGCUCUGCAGUCAGCUGCCGCGCCGGGGACCGCCCCAUUUUGCAGAGCGAGCCGAAUCCGAACCUAAGAAGACUUCCCCGCCGGGCUCCGCGCCUCCUCGCCGGCGCCCUGCCCUGCCCCGCCUGUCCCAGCCCCGGGUUCCGCCGGGACGCUCCCUGCCCCGCGGUCCGGGGCGUGUGGCCGGGACGCCCCGAGCCCCCGACCCUGAUCCAGUGCACCGGAGAGGGACGCUCCUGGCCCACCAUGCGGCUCUAGGGUUAAGGGCUCAUUCCCAGCCUUUCUAUAGUGUGUGUUGGAGCCCCCAGCCCUCCGACCGCGGUUAAGGCGGGGUGCCCCCAGCCCCCUGACUGAGUGCAAAGCAGCCCGGACGCCUCCAGACUCUGGUUCCCCGAAACCCGAACCUUCAGCUGCCUCCGAUCCGGUGCUUCGGACUUGGGACCGUGCGAACAUUCAGGAAACCCCGGCCCGAGUUCAGCGCCCCGUGAGGGGUCCAAGGCGGUCUGGAUACUCGGACUGAACCAGACCGGGCUGGUGCUUCGAGUCGAAGCUGCCACCUUCCUGCCGCCCCAGGAGAGGGGCUGAGCGCUUGCCCCCAAGAGAACACAAGAGAGAGCCGAGAAGUGCAGCUCUCCCACUGACGUGACAUCACCACCUCUGUGGACAGGACCCCCCAGGAGCCCGGCUCACAGCCACUGGUGCCUUCUUCCAGGACCAGCUGGGGGCCUCCAUGGGCGCCUGAGAGCAGGGCGCCAGGGCCGCGGGCGCGAGCAUGGUGAGACACCAGCCCCUGCAGUACUAUGAGCCGCAGCUCUGCCUCUCCUGCCUCACGGGCAUCUACGGCUGCCGCUGGAAGCGCUACCAGCGCUCUCACGAUGACACCACACCGUGGGAGCGCCUCUGGUUCCUGCUCCUCACCUUCACCUUCGGCCUCACGCUCACCUGGCUGUACUUCUGGUGGGAAGUCCACAACGACUACGAUGAAUUCAACUGGUACCUCUACAACCGCACGGGCUCCUGGAGCGACUGGUCCGUGCCCAUCCUCAUGACCACAGCAGCCGCCUUCACUUACGUCGCAGGCCUCCAGGUCCUGGCACUAUGUCACAUUGCCGUGGGGCAGCAGAUGAACCUGCACUGGCUGCACAAGAUAGGGCUGGUGGUCAUCCUGGUGGCUACAGUGGUGGCCAUGUCAGCUGUGGCCCAGCUGUGGGAGGACGAGUGGGAGGUGCUGCUGAUCUCCCUGCAGGGCACAGCGCCAUUCCUGCACAUGGGGGCCCUGGUCGCCGUCACUGCGCUCUCCUGGAUCGUGGCAGGACAGUUUGCCCGCGCAGAGCGAUCCUCCUCCCAGAUGGCCAUUCUCAGUACCUUCUUCACCGUGGUGUUUGCCCUCUACCUGGCCCCUCUCACCAUCUCCUCUCCCUGCAUCAUGGAGAAAAAGGACCUGGGUCCCAAACCUGCCCUCAUCGGCCACCGCGGGGCCCCCAUGCUGGCCCCAGAGCACACGCUGAUGUCCUUCAGGAAGGCCCUAGAGCAGAAGCUGUAUGGACUCCAGGCUGACGUCACCAUCAGCCUGGACGGCGUGCCCUUCCUCAUGCACGACGCCACCCUGCGCCGCACCACCAACGUGGAGGAGGAAUUCCCGGAGCUCGCCCGCAGGCCCGCCUCCAUGCUCAACUGGACCCUGCUGCAGAGGCUCAAUGCUGGCCAGUGGUUCCUGAAGACGGACCCCUUCUGGACGGCCAGCUCCCUGUCACCGUCCGACCACAGGGAGGCCCAAAACCAGUCCAUCUGCAGCCUAAUGGAACUCUUGGAGCUGGCCAAGGGCAAUGCCACACUGCUGCUCAACCUGCGUGACCCGCCGCGGGAGCACCCCUACCGCGGCAGCUUCCUCAACGUCACGCUGGAGGCCCUGCUGCGCUCGGGCUUCCCCCAGCACCAGGUCCUGUGGCUGCCUGACAGGCAGAGGCCCUUCGUGCAGAAGGUGGCUCCCGGCUUCCAGCAGACAUCGGGCUCCAAGGAGGCAGCUGCCACCCUGCGGAGAGGCCACAUCCAGCGGCUGAACCUGCGCUACACUCAGGUGUCCCGCCAGGAGCUCAGGGACUAUGCAUCCUGGAACCUGAGCGUGAACCUCUACACGGUCAAUGCCCCGUGGCUCUUCUCCCUGCUGUGGUGCGCGGGGGUCCCGUCUGUCACCUCUGACAACUCCCACACCUUAUCCCAGGUGCCCUCCCCCCUCUGGAUCAUGCCCCCGGACGAGUACUGUCUCAUGUGGGUCACCGCCGACCUGAUCUCCUUCAUCCUGAUCGUUGGCAUCUUCGUGCUCCAGAAGUGGCGCCUGGGUGGCAUACGGAGCUACAACCCCGAGCAGAUCAUGCUGAGUGCCGCGGUGCACCGGACCAGCCGGGACGUCAGCAUCAUGAAGGAGAAGCUCAUCUUUUCAGAGAUCAGCGACGGCAUGGAGGUCUCCGAUGAGCUCUCUGUAUGUUCGGACAACAGUUAUGACACAUAUGCCAACAGCACCACCUCCCCUAUGGGCCCCCAAGGGAGCGGCAGCCACGCCACGACCCUCACAGACCAGAGUGGGCGUUAGCUGAAGACCCGUCUGUCCAGCCUGUACCUCAUGUGGAGACAGGGGAAGCCCACAGAGCUGGCAGAAGCGUGCUCUGGGAGCUGGCGCCACAGUCUCCUUGUUGGCUCCAGCCCCUUGUCAGCCAUGGCCUCUCUUGGAGGGGGCUCCCCUCGCCAGCCUCUCAGAUGCCCCUGCGGGCCUGGGGCUCCUUUUUCUGGGAAGUUUGGGGCUCGGGGCCUGGUCCACUCCCGGAGGCCCUCCCUUGCAUCCUGACCUGGAAGUUUGAAGGGUCACUGGGCCGUGCCAUGCCCCCUGCGGCAGUGGAGGAUGUGGAGCCUGCGUGUGCCCACGUGUGUCUGUCCUCCUGUCUGUGCUGUGAGGAAACCACCUUCUCCGUGGUUCUCCUGCCUCAAGGGCCUGCGCUAGGCCUCUGCCCCAGCACCUCUGCUCUUCCAUCAGCCUCAAAGCACAAGGAAGCUUGGCCCAGGAGCAACGCCUGCUACAGUGGUGGAGACACUCCUCCCCUGCCAGCCUCCUGCUGCCGCUGGCCCUGCCCCGGGAGAGGGUCCGAGCCAUAUCCCCUAGGAGCAGCUGGAGAUGGCAAGAGCAGGCUCGGGGCUGCUGGAUCCACACCCAGGAGAUGCACAGACUGACAUGGCUGCUGGAUCCACGCCCAGGAGAUGCACAGACUGACAUGACCUCAGGUUCCCACGUCAGUGGCCAAGGGCAGGGGCCACCUGGGAAAAGUGUUCAGGCAUGGUCAGGGGUGGGUAUAUGGCCAAGGAGGCCUUCAGCGGAGGGAGCCUGAGGGGCCUUGGCCAAGAUGAUUAAAGCUGCCAUCUUGA